GUUAGAACCUUGAACUAUCAACGAAGCUUCAAUCGUUCGCCUCAACUUCUAACUUAUUCAUCAUCCAUCCAUCCGCUUACUCUCAACCUAACUUCAUCGUCCACCCUCCGCCAACUUAUGGAAAUUUACGUUUUUUAUCUAACUUGUUAUUCCUAAUUGCCCAUCAGCCAUAAAGCUCAUCGCCUAUUACCUCAUCCAAUUCUUAACCCGGCCUGGGCAAGUAGCUUGUCAAAAUGGGUCAAAACCAAUCUGGAAUGGGCGAUGGCCGAGAAGGCCGAGACGAAAAGGAUAAGAAGAAGGAUAAACCAAAGUACGAGCCACCACCUCGUCCAACGACCCGUAUCGGGCGCAAGAAAAGAAAGGCUGCUGGCUCUUCUGCUGCAGCUAAGCUCCCUGCCGUCUACCCAACUAGUCGAUGCAAGCUUCGCCUGCUCCGAAUGCAGCGCAUUCACGAUCACUUACUUCUCGAGGAGGAAUUUGUUGAGAACCAGGAGCGCUUAAGAAAAGCAAAGGCCGCAAAGGAUAACACUGGCCCCGCCCCCGAUCUUGAUGCUCCCGACCGGAUGGCCGAUGAACGCGGACGGGUCGAUGACACGCGCGGCAGCCCGAUGGGUGUCGGCACACUCGAGGAGAUGAUUGAUGAUGACCACGCUAUCGUUUCCAGUACUACUGGCCCCGAAUACUAUGUCAGCAUCAUGAGUUUUGUUGACAAAGACUUACUCGAGCCCGGUGCUUCUGUCUUGCUACACCACAAGAGCGUUUCAAUCGUUGGUGUGCUCACGGAUGAUACAGACCCGGCUGUCAAUGUCAUGAAGCUUGAUAAAGCACCAACCGAGUCUUACGCCGAUAUUGGCGGAUUGGAGCAGCAGAUCCAGGAAGUAAGGGAAUCGGUUGAGCUACCACUUCUGCAUCCCGAGCUGUAUGAAGAGAUGGGUAUCAAGCCUCCCAAGGGUGUCAUCCUCUACGGUGCCCCGGGAACUGGAAAGACAUUGCUGGCAAAGGCUGUCGCCAACCAGACUUCGGCCACCUUCUUGCGUAUCGUCGGAAGCGAACUAAUACAGAAGUAUCUGGGCGAUGGCCCGCGACUUGUCAGGCAGCUUUUCCAGGUCGCAGCCGAAAAUGCCCCUUCAAUUGUCUUUAUCGACGAGAUUGAUGCGAUUGGUACGAAACGUUACGAUUCGACAUCCGGAGGCGAGCGUGAGGUUCAACGAACCAUGCUGGAGCUGCUCAAUCAGCUCGACGGUUUUGACGACCGUGGUGACGUCAAGGUGAUUAUGGCAACUAACAAGAUCGAGACGCUCGACCCCGCGUUGAUCCGACCUGGACGAAUCGAUCGAAAGAUCCUCUUCGAAAAUCCUGAUCAGAACACAAAGCGCAAGAUCUUCAACCUUCACACCAGCAAGAUGAGCCUGAACGAGGAUGUCGACCUCGAUGAGUUUAUUAGCCAAAAGGAUGACCUCUCCGGAGCCGACAUCAAAGCGAUUUGCUCUGAAGCCGGUUUGAUGGCUCUACGUGAACGUCGUAUGCGUGUACAGAUGGCAGACUUCAGGGCAGCGAGAGAAAGAGUUCUUCGUACGAAGCAAGAAGGAGAGCCUGAGGGUCUGUACUUGUAGUGUAUUGCGUGUAUUCUAGGGUCGUUGAGGGCUAGGAGUCGACCACGGCGAAUAUUCGUGCUCGAGAUCGGAAUAGAUGAAAAUAGGGGUCCCUGGGACUUUAUUUACACAUUAUAGUUUCCCUGCUGGACAAGUGCAUCUCCCUGAGAAUACCUUGACCUCUUUAUUUUCCGAUUAUCUACCUAGGUACUUACCUAUUAUUGUGUCCUAAAGGCUGUGAUCAUACCAACUAGGUGUCGUUCUAGAACUACAUUAAUACGAGAGGUAACCUCUAGACGGAGCUAGGAAGUCACCUACAUAGCGC